UGUUCAAGUUCAGCAGCAUAGUUCAGCCUACGUACCUGUGUUGUGUAGUUUCCUUAAUCUGUUCUGAACGAUCCAGCUUCCAAUAUUUAUGUGUUGAGUUCAUGGCGAAAAACUAUAAUGACAAUACUGGAUAUUGGAAUGUUCUGAUGAGUUCUGCUGGAUCUCAAUACAGUUACUCGAAGAAAUUACAUCUCCUCUUCUUCAUUCCUGUGUCCUGACCGAUACACCAUCCUGUUUACUGGCUAAAACCCUUGAUGAACUAGCCCUGCUAGAAUACCUCAUUAACAUUGGUCCUUCGAGCCGGAUAGCAGUAUUCAGGAUGGAGUCAGAUGAACAGAUGUAUCCUGAUGUGAGACCUAAACGUCAAAUACGUCGACCUGUCAGACUUCAGGACUUUGAAGUGGACUAUAUGGGAUAUAGUCAACGAGAUCUGCACCAAUGGGGCCUCUCAUCCCCUGCCUUGGAUAGGAGGGCGUUCUUCACUCGGGAGGGUCCAGAUCAGAUGACCCCUUUCCAGACAGCCCACCCUCACUCUAGUGGCUUCCCUGGGAAUGCUGCUCACCCUGAGAUUCCUCAGCUAGCCCCAGACCACAGCCAGAGGAGGGAUUUGGAUGGGCUUAUCCAGCCUGCGCGAACACCCUCAUCCCAUCAGAGCCCAUAUCUGGAUUCUCGUUUCUCUGAGGAAAUCAGAGAUAUUCGAGAGGAGAAUACUAAACUGCUCCAAACACAACAGGCCUUUCAAAUGGGCAUAAAGGAACUCAAUGAAGCACGGCGCGAGAUGAAAGAGCUACUGGAGGUAGCCCGCUCCCUGAGAGCAGACCUGGCCCAGGUUAAUAGCCCAGUUGCUCACACACCCUGCCCCAGCUCAUGCACCUGUGAUGCAAUCAGCGACUGCCCGAACCUACCAUCCUUUAGCAGCCACUGGAGCGGUACAUGGCAUGCCACCACCUAA